UCCUGUUCACACAAACAAACUAGAGACUGUUAAGCCCAUCAACCUGUGCACCAUACGACAAUAAUGCGACGGAGAAACUUUUCUAAUGUCUAGCCGGACGUUGGAUAUAUUCCUUUUAACCAAGGCUAGCAAAUUUAAUAAAUUCAGAGUUUUUCUUGUAGAGGAACAUCUGUGGCAUCAAGAUGAACUUCUCUGAGGUAUUUAAACAAUCAAACCAACUCUGCAAAGUUUCUCCUGAUGGGAAGUAUUUGGCUACCUGUGUGCAGUACAGGCUGGUGGUCCGGGAUGUAAGUACUCUACAGAUCCUGCAGCUCUACACCUGCCUGGACCAGAUAUCUCACAUGGACUGGUCCUCUGACUCUCUCUUUAUCCUCUGUGCUAUGUACAAAAGAGGGCUGGUGCAGGUGUGGUCUCUUGAACAGCCAGACUGGCACUGUAAGAUUGAUGAAGGCUCAAUAGGACUAGUCUCCUCACGCUGGAGUCCAGAUGGACGUCACAUUCUCAACACCACUGAGUUCCAUCUGAGGGUCACCGUUUGGUCCCUGUGCACCAAAGCUGUGUCUUACAUCAAAUAUCCCAAAGCAUGUUCGAAGGGUAUAGAUUUCAGCAGAGAUGGCUGCUAUAUGGCCUUGGCUGAACGCCGGGACUGUAAAGACUAUGUCAGUGUAUUUGUAUGUGAUGACUGGCAUUUACUCAGGCAUUUUGAGACUGAGACACAGGACCUGGCUGGACUAGAGUGGUCUCCUAACGGCUGUGUGUUGGCAGUUUGGGAUAGCUGUCUGGAGUAUAAGGUGCUGCUGUAUUCCUUGGAUGGCCGGCUGUUGUCCACCUACAGUGCUUAUGAGUGGUCACUGGGGGUCAAAUCUGUGACCUGGAGCCCCAGCAGCCAGUUCCUCGCCAUUGGCAGCUACGAUGAAAAAGUACGAAUCCUCAAUCACAUCACCUGGAAGAAAAUCACCCAGUUUGAGCAUCCAUCCACCAUCAACAACACAAAAGCUGUCGUGUAUAAGGAGGUAGAGCGACGACCGGUUGUCAGCGAUGAUCUGUCGUUACACAACAUCACAGUGGGCACCACCCUGUUCAACACCCAGAGUAAAUAUGAGAUAUGUCCACUCCCAGUCCAGAUUCCUGUAGUUAAACCAGACCCAGACCGUGCCAACCCUAAGAUUGGUAUCUCCAGUCUGGCAUUCAGCGCAGACGGUCGCUAUCUAGCCACUAAAAACGACAACAUGGCCAGUGUCGCAUGGGUGUGGGACAUGCAGAAGAUGAACCUGGUGGCCGUGCUCGAACACACAUCUGCUGUCAAAUGCUUCCAGUGGGACCCCAAACACCCCCGACUGGCUCUGUGCACAGGCAACGCCAAACUCUACCUCUGGUCACCGGCGGGCUGCGUCUCGGUCCAAGUCCCAGCUGAAGGUGGUUUCCAGGUCCAGUCUCUGAGCUGGCACUGCACUGGAGACUCUCUGAUUCUUCUGGGGAAGGAGCAGCUGUGUUUGUGCUACAUGGAAACUGAGCAGGAGGACAAGUGAACAACACAGCAGGUCUCAGGAAAGACCGGAAACACUCCACAAAGUCAACUUCAACUAAAAUUCAGCCUUUGUUUUGAAACAGCAGUUUGAUGGUCUCCAAGUUCAUGAAUGUCUCCAGUGCAGGUUACUGGGCUGUUCCUGUUGAAAACACAGACAAAUCUGACCAGACAUUCAUCUGGAAUGACUCUUUAAUAUUUACUCUCUUUAGAGCAGUUAGGUUUUAUAUCAAUAAAUAUGUCUUGAAGCACUAAUUCCAAACUGUGAGAAAAUAGAAGUUUACAGAAUUUUAUAGAUUUCACUGUACUUUUUUAAUGUAUUCCAAAACUAUUUUGAAUAAAUUUUGGUAUAAAUAA